GUUCCCACCUCAUCAUUAAGACGUGCCUUCGUCGUUUUCAAAGAGCCUUCCGCUUCCGGAGGCGCGGGUUCUCUAGGGUUUCAUCUUGCCCUUGUCGUCGUGCAGGACAUCUGGAGUUCCAGAUUUUCUAGUUAUAACACUGCUAAAUAUGUCAAGUAAAAAGGAAGAGAAAGCUCAGGUUGCAGCUGAUCGUAUAAAAGCAGCAGCGCUAUCAGCUGCAAAAGGUCUUAGUCGAGCUCAAGCUGAGCGGGCCGCUGCCGCUGCAGCUCGAAAUGUGAAUGCUUAUGGUCAAAAGGAAGAAGGACCAAGCCGAUGGCAAGAGAGGAAGGAAGCAAAGCGCCAAAUGUACUUGAUGAGUACAGAGAAAGCUGUCAGAUUGGGUGAGAGGAAGGAUCUCAAGUCUUGUGUUUCCUCUUCUGGUGGCACGUCCCAGUGUCAAAAGUGUUAUCAGGUUGGCCAUUGGACUUAUGAAUGCAAGAAUGAACGUGUCUACAUCUCACGGCCCUCAAGAACUCAGCAGCUCAAAAACCCCAAGUUGAAGAUGACCCCCUCGGUGUCAUAUGAAUCAGACGACCCUGACAUCGUGAAGGAAGUAAGGGAUGAAAGACACAACAAGAAAGAUGUAGGGAAGAAGAGUAGCACAAAGAGCAAGAGAAAGCACAGAUCUGGUACUGAUUCGGAGGAGGACAGUAGUGAGGCUUCUUCUGUGUUUGAAACAGAGAGUGAGUCUAGCUAUAGUUACAGUUCAUCUGAUUCGGAGGAAAGGAGGCGACGAAAAAAGAAGCUUAAGAAAAGGAAACAUAGAAGGUACAGCUCGUCCUCUGAUUCUUCCGAGUCUGAAUCAGCUUCGGAUAGUGAUUCUGAUGAAAAGAGCAAAAGGAAGAAGAGCCGACAGCACACCCGCAAACGGUAGGCUGAUUUCAGAGAAAUGCUCUGUUUGGCUAUUAUUCAACGUUUACUAAUUCUUAUUUGUGACUGCUCUGACCUAAUCCAACCUUUCCCUGGUGGUGGUUAUCGGUUUAGGUUAUGCUUGUUUCCUCUGGUAAUGCUUAGGUAAAUGUUCAAUGCUUUUUAUGCGUGGCUAGUUAGUUGAAUCUUUGAAUUUCUUUUACUUUAAUUCCUUAUGAUGGAAAUAAGGAAUGUACUGAACUCUAGGUGUGUAUUUUAAAGUCGUGAUACUUUUUUUUUAUUUUUC